CCUCCAGCCGGCUGUCCGCGGCGCGAGCCUCCGAGUUCCGCCGGCUUCCUCCGCUCCUGCCCAUCGGGGACUCCUUCCACCGUCUUCCCACUCGGCACAGCUCCAGGCGACCCCCGACUGCCAUCUCCAUGGUGUCGCUUCUGUGCUGCGGGCCCAAGCUGGCCGCCUGCGGCAUCGUCCUCAGCGCCUGGGGGGUGAUCAUGUUGAUAAUGCUGGGAAUCUUCUUUAACGUCCAUUCGGCUGUGCUCAUUGAGGACGUCCCCUUCACGGAGAAAGAUUUUGAGAAUGGCCCCCAGAACAUAUACAAUCUUUACGAGCAAGUCAGCUACAACUGCUUCAUCGCUGCGGGCCUCUACCUCCUCCUCGGAGGCUUCUCUUUCUGCCAAGUGCGGCUCAAUAAGCGCAAGGAAUAUAUGGUGCGCUAGAGCCGGGCCGCAUUUACCCUCCCCAGUCCCCUCCUCUAUUUAAAGACUCUCCCCGCCCCUUCUGCCCUCAUUCUGGGGCCCGCCCUGCGGAGGGAGGCUGGGCCUGGCUGUCACCGUCCCUCCAGCCCCCUCGCCAUUUCCCAAAACACAAUAAAGAGAAGCUGCUCUCU